CAUGUUCAAGAAAAUGAUAACCUGUCUGCUUCCAACGCUAAACGGAGAAAGAUUCGAAAGGGAACUCACAGUUGCUGGGAAUGCAGGCAGCGCAAGAUGAAGUGCACAUUCAGCUUACCCACGGACGAUACAUGCAUCCGUUGUCACCGACGCGGUAUCAAAUGUGUGAGCCAAGAGUAUCCUGAGGAACUCACAAGUGCUUUAGACCGAAACCUCCAAAUGGGGGAUCGCAUGGCCAGAGUCGAAACAUUAGUCGAGCAGCUUCUUCAAAAAGCUCCCAGGGACGAUGAUUUUGAUGACCUCUACUUGCCGAGGAAAGAUGAGAGGAGUAAUAAAAGCGCCUCCAACUCUUCUACAGGCGCAUCUGACCAAGUAGAAGAUGUUACUUUACUCAAGCCAUUGGAGGCUUCUGGUUUUGAUUUUAUCAAUGAUGGUACCAGGUCUUCAAAUGUUGGCUGUGAAAAGGCUUCUUCUCUUGGUUCAGCCCAACAUGAGAAGCUUUCACAGACCCUACAUACGUCAUUACCAUCACAAGAGGAUAUUGCAAUGAUAACAAAACCAUGCGGCAACACAUCUCCUUUAUUCUAUCAGAUGCAGAGUGUGCCAUAUAAACACCUCGACAAAGCCAAGUCUCUUGAGACGUUAUUCAAGAGGCCAAACUUCAAUGCGCAUCCGGUUCUGAUAGCAAGAUACAUGCUUCACCUGGCCACUGCUUUGCAGCACCUUCACCCAUCUUCAUUUCGGGAGAUGAAUGGGCUGUCAGAGCCACCCCGUGAGAUUAUGAAGAGGCUAGCCGACAUAGCUACAAGCCUUGUCACUACGAAUGAUGAUCUCAUGAGCUGUAUUGAAGGUUUGGAUUGCAUGAUGACAGAGACUUGGUACCAUGCCAAUGGAGGGAACCCACGAAAGGCGUUGAUCACCAUUCGCAGGGCAAUGACUAUUGCUCAGCUUAUGGGCUUCCACCGCCAUGGAAAAGCACAGUGCAAAACCGUCGACAAGGAAACGCAGAUAUACCCCGAGUACAUAUGGUUUCGAAUCAUUUCUCUCGAGCGCUAUCUCUGCAUGAUGUUGGGUACCCCCCAAGCAUCCUUUGACCGGAACAUGGCUUGUGAAACGUUACUCGGAGAAGAUACAGCAAUAGGCCGUCUUGACCGUAUACAUUGCGUGGUCAUGUCUCGAAUCCUAGAGCGCAAUCACACCGCGCCCAGCAUUAGCGAUUUUGUCUUAACGGAAGAAAUAGACCAAGUGCUACAGAAAGCAUCUAGAGAUUUCCCUUCAAAAUGGUGGCUUACCCCAAACCUGGCCACAGUGGCUACUCAGCCAGAAGCUCUUUUCUGGAAUAUGCGAUGUCUUUUCCACCACUUGUCUCACUACAACCUCCUUAUACAACUCCAUCUACCAUUUAUGCUCCGCUCCGCCACGACCGGACACAAGUACGACUAUUCGCGAAUGACUUGCAUUACUGCGGCGCGUGAAAUUCUCUCCCGUUAUAUCAUGUUUCACAGCUUCAAUCGUAUCGCUUUUAGUUGUCGAACCGUGGACUAUUUUGGGUUAAUGGCAGCGAUGACACUUUUGAUCGCGCAUCUCGAUGGUCAUCGGCGUUUGCCUCUGUCCACCUCUGACCAACUGCCAUGUAACCAAGUCUUGAGGUCGAACAAUAUCUUGGUGCACCAGCGACCUUCGGACCGCGCAUUAAUAGAGCAAGUGCAUGAAACCAUGGAAGAAGUGAGCCGGCUAGAUGGGGAUUCUAUGAGCAUACAAGCCUCGGGCCUGCUACAGCGGCUGAUGGCUAUCGAGGCUGAAGCAGCCAGCGAGGUUACACACGAAAUCAACAUGCAAGCCUCUUCCACCAUACACACACCGCAAUCAUCGAGUACUAAUGGUUCCAUCCGUGUAUCUAUUCCGUCUUUCGGCGUCAUUGAGAUUGACCGGGGGGCAUUAUAUCCAAUGACUCGGGUGAAUCCUCUGUCGGUGAAAUUGCAGUUGAAAACAAAGAACGAAAUCGUGCACCGCUUGAUACAUCAUCUCAGGGGCCAAGAAAUGGGGACAUCAACCUUGACACAGUACAGCCUUUACCCGGUCCCACUGAGCGAGGGAAUGAAGAGCCAAUGCUCUCUGUUGGGGAGAAUUGGGCGCUGCAAAACAUUGAUACAGCUUUUUUCGACACUUUGA